AUGGCGCUUCUCAUCUGCGGCAUCUGCGGGCAGAGCUUCGAGGACGAGGCCCAGCUACACACACAUCAGGGCGAGCACCUGCGCCCGGCACCCUCCUACCAAUGCAAGGCCUGCGGCAAAGCUUUCCGCCACCACCGCAACCUCCUGACACACAAGAAGCACCGUGGCCGGUACCCGCACGUCUGCACUGAGUGUGGCAGCGACGAGGCCAGCCUGAGCCAGCACCGGGCAGCACAUGGUGAGGAGCGUCCGUUCCGCUGCGGGCGCUGUGGGCGCAGCUUCAGCUGGAAGGAGAGCCUGAUCAUCCACCAGCGCAGCCAUGCGCAGGAGCGCUCCCACAAGUGCCCGGUCUGUGGCCGCAGCUUCAGCCGCAGUGGGAACCUGCUGGCGCACCAGCGCGUGCACACGGGUGAGCGGCCCUUCGCCUGCCCCCAGUGCAACAGGUCCUUCUGCAACAAGGCCAACCUCAUCACCCACAAGAGGCUGCACCGCCGCUACCGGACUUUUGCCUGCUCCCAGUGCCGCCUGGGCUUCAGCUCCAAGAGCAAGCUGCUGCGGCACCAGCAGGAGCAUGCGGAGCGCGAGGCCAGGAGCCUCGGUGCAGGGGACAACCCGUCCAGUUGCCAGCAGUAG